AUGGCAAACCGAGGCCCUGCUUACGGACUGAGCCGGGAGGUUCAGCAGAAGAUCGACCGGCAGUACGAUCCUGAUCUGGAGCAGAUCCUCACCCAGUGGAUCGGGGCCCAGUGUGGGCCAGACAUCGGUCAGCCGCAGCCAGGGAAAGAGAACUUCCAGAAGUGGUUGAAAGACGGCACGGUGCUCUGUAAGCUGAUCAACAGCCUUUAUCCAAAGGGCCAGAGUCCUGUGGCCAAGAUCCAGAUCCAGGUAUCCACCAUGGCCUUCAAACAGAUGGAGCAGAUCUCUCAGUUCCUGCAGGCAGCUGAGCACUACGGCAUCCUGGCCGCGGAUAUUUUCCAGACGGUGGAUCUGUGGGAAGGGAAGAACAUGGCUUGCGUACAGAGGACCCUGAUGAACCUGGGUGGCCUGGCGUUCUCCAAAGAGGACGGCCUCUUUGCAGGGGACCCCAGCUGGUUUCCGAAGAAAUCCCAGGAGAAUCGCCGGGCCUUCUCGGACGACAAGCUCAAAGAAGGGCAGAGCGUCAUUGGGCUGCAGAUGGGCACCAAUCGAGGGGCUUCCCAGAAGGGCAUGACCGGCUACGGGAUGCCCCGCCAGAUCCUUUGA